AUGUUAAACGAGCGUUAGUAGUUUAUACGCCGGCAUUUGUGACUGUUGACUGUGGCCUCGCGGAAGAACGAACGAAUGGCGCGUCAAAGUGAUUUCGUGAACACAAUUUGAAAAUACUUAUUGCGAAUAGUUGAACAAAAGGAAUGUAGAAAUGCAUGCAAGGGACUACAGCACCUAAAAAUACAUUUCUAAUUAUAAAUGCCUAGUACAGUAGUGUGUCGUUUGUGUCUGAUGGUAUUCGGCAAUGAUGUGAAAAGCGCAGCCAUGCGACCUACGGAUAUUUGAAAAGUAAACGAGUUCCCCUCCUAAAUUGAAUAAUUUGCCCAAGACAACUUUUCAAAACCGAAUAAAAAAUUAAAAUUAAAAUUGAUAAAAGCCAAAGCAAAACGCCUAUGCAAAAUAACAAACAAAAAGAGAAAGAAAAAAGAAACAAACUAAUAGUAAAUCAAGCCAGUGUCAAGUUGUAGAAUAACGAAAGUGGAAAUCUCGUAUUGAACACCAUAAAAACAACAAAGUGCAGAUAUAAAUAUCAAAACUACUUGCAACGACUUAUUUGAAAAUGCCUACCUGUGUGCAUCCAAUUACCAAUCGAAUUCACUGUGCAAAAGUCAAAUAAAAACAAAGUUACAAAUCAACUAUCCUCCCUAAAAACAACUGCAACCAUACCAACAUUUGGCACUAGUUCCUCAUCGCCUCUGCACAUAAACCUGCAGGUCUAAGUGGAUUAUUUUUAUUGCUGAAAUUUGGAAAAUAUCGUUCAUUCGUAAAAAGGAUAAAUACGAAAUUGAAUUGAAAUCUAGGCUAACCCAGCAACAAAGUCCCGCAAGAGGAAAGCUUCUUUUUUUACUCGUCGCCAGUCCUGUGAUUUUGUGGCCCAUGACGGCAAAUUUUCCCAUUAAACCUAUCUGAGGAGGGUACCCACCUGUGGAAGCAAGAGACUGUCAAAUCCACGAUCCUUCGAACCACUUGUCACAAUGGCACGAACAAAAGUUAUUCUAAAAAUCCUAUUUACGCUAUGCGUUUGGUCUUUUGUGAUAAUUGGCGUGUUCAAAAUGCACGGCACCAAUAUUGUUCCGCAGGAGUACGUUUCCGUGCCCUUGAGCGGUCGCAUACUCCUCCAGAAAGAUGUCCUCAGAUAUGCCGAGACGACUUCCACAACAACAGAUCGAUUUGAUCCGUCCGAAAUACUGAUUGACAAUAGAACCGCCAUGGAUGACGAUCAGCUGGUGAGAGAUGUGGAAUCAAGGAUACCUUCGUUACCGAUUGCAUACUGGAGUAAAAAUAAGAACUUUCUUCAACAGAAAUCGUCCACGUGCGCCAAGUACCCAUCUAUAUUUGAACUGGAAUUCAAUAAUAUCUACUGGCAAACAAUGCGGACCAGCAAUGGGACAUUUCAAUUAUUUGGAGCCUAUUACGAUAUUCGAAAAAAUUCAUUACUGGGCCCCACGGUACGAAUUUUAGGAAUGAUCGAUCGCAUCGAACCAAAAGUAAAGACCUAUUGCCAGUUUUGGUUCGAUGGCCAAAAAGAACCGUUUAUUGUCAAGACCUAUGAAUACAAGUACAUCUGGUACAACAAAUGGGGAAAUUACAAACAGGGCAUCUACCAGCCGUAUUUGAUCGCGUGUCAAAUACCAAAACCCUUCCACGGUGUGGUGCCCAGUUCGGUGUCGAUGGUUGAAAAGGAAUGUGAUACGGCCACAAACAAUUUAAGAGUUAUAUACAACCGACCCCCCGAUGACCAGAAAAAAGGCUUCGCGGUUUGCGUCAAGGGCUUAGACUUCUUGUAUGACGAUUUGUCAGUGCGAUUAAUAGAGUGGAUAGAACUUCUAAACAUGUUGGGGGCCGAUAAAAUUUUCUUUUACAAUCUACAAGUACAUCCAAAUAUUUCCAAGGUGUUGAAUCACUACGAACAGGAAGGCAAAGUGAGAGUAAUUCCCCUGACACUGCCGGGUGGCCAACCAAACGUGCCCGGAUUCCAGCACCUCUACUUAACUAAAAAGACUAAUCACAAGCGACAGAACGAAGUUAUACCCUAUAACGAUUGUUUGUACAAAAAUUUAUACCUUUACGAUUAUAUAGCGCUGCUAGACAUCGACGAAGUUAUUAUGCCAAAAGGCAAUUUCGUUUUAUGGUCGGAAUUGAUGGCCAAGGUAGUCCCAGACUCCCUCAAAGUCAGACCGGAGGGAUACCACAGUUUCAAUUUUCGCAACGUGUACUUCCUGGAUGACCAGCAGCAUGAACACGGUUGGCACAAAGACAUACCGAAAUACAUGCACAUGCUGCAACACGUCUACCGGGCCAAAAACUACACAAAGCCAAAUCAAUACGUCAAAUGUUUUCACAAUCCCGAGAAGGUGCUGACCCUGCACAAUCAUUUUCCACUGGCAUGUCUAGGCGGUGUGUGCAAGUCCUACCCUGUAGAUACUAAAGAUGCACACUUGCAACACUACCGGGCAGAUUGUGUCAAUACCUUAAAGAAAUCUUGCGAAGAGUUCCGAGAAAACUCCGAAGAGGACAAGACCAUUUGGAAAUACAAGGAUGAGUUAAUACGUCGAACCAUAAAAGCGUUGGACACGUUGGGAUUCUUCCGCCGUUCAUCGACCAUGUAUGGCAGCGGUUAUGGGUCAACAACGCACUCCUCAGAACGGUGAUUACCAAAUUCCUGGUGGUCUCUGACUAUGCCAGCAUGGUGGGGCAUUCUGCGGGGUGGUAAACAGUUUAUUAGCGAAUCAAUUUCCUCAACCACAAACGUGGCUAAAGUAAAUAGAAAUAGUUUUAGAAGUCAGACCGGUAAUAUACACCAAAUGGCAAACACAGUAGAAGGGAGAGAGAAUUGGGACAAUAUGUCUACAAAUAUUGGGAGUCCAAAACAAAUUCAAACUUCUUUUUUCGACGAAAAAUCUAAUUCGUUCUCUACUAUUGCUGACGACCUUUCCAACAAAAUAUCCAGAGCUAGUUCUAACAAAAGAUAAUGAAACCUUCGAGUGAAUUGGCUGAUACGCAUCCUAUCCUGUGGACAUUGUCGAAGUAAUAAUUUACUGCAUUUUAAUUGCGUCACAUGCCUCUGCAAAUUGGGUUUUUGUCAUAGGAAUGUGGUUAAUUUCUACACUCCCACAACUUUAAAAAUUUCGAUUUGCAUCUCAUUCAUCCAUUACUUCAGCAUCGUUCUGAUUUGACCGAAAUUUAAUAUCGAUGCACUCAACAACAAUACUAUUCUAUGUUUAUUACUUCUAACGUUUGUCCAAGACCCCUAAUUCACUCUCCUAGUAAAUUUAAAAGGAUAUUUUGACAUUGUUGAAACGUAUAUAAUUUAGGUAAAACCAAUAAGAUAAACUAGCAUAAGAUGAUAUUUUUCAAAAAUGUGCCUUGUAAAUCAGAAUUAUGUUGUUAUAUAAAAAGAUGAUGAAACAAGUCCCUACAUUUCAUUGUAAGCAUGUAUAUUUGAAAUCUGUAUAAGGAACCAUAUUGUAUAAUGUAGUAUUUAUUUUAAUAUUGUACAUGUAAGCAGUCUCAAAUGGGAAAAAGAACAACAAAGUGGAUCUGAAUUAUUAAUUUAUGAACGGGCAAUUUGUGCGAAAAUGGAUAGGCAAUACUAACGAUUACUCGAUCUUUUUUGUCAGAUCGUACAAAUAAUAUCAUUGCUCUAAAAUUUUAAUUCGUUCGUAACUUACUUCAAGUUCAGAGUGUUUUCACAAAGUUCCAACACUUGAAGAGCAAUGUAUAAACGAUAGUUUCCGCUUCCACUUGUACCGUUCUAAUUACUGGUUCCUUGAUUUAUUCUCAAAUCAAAGUAGAAAUUGUUUUAAAGAGCUAAGUUAAAGACUGAAAUUUUAGAAAAUUGUUCAUUAAUGUUACGUCUAGUUAAUAAAUAUAUUCAUAUAUAAGCACAUACAGACACACAUACAUUUGUACAUAUAACUAUCCAAAAAUUAUGUCUUUGAAAUAUGUAGCGAGGAAUUAUUAGAGAUAAUUACAAUAUUAAGAUGUAUGUUCAAAGAAGCGGCAACAUAUUUACAUUAAAUUCACAUAGUUAGCAUUAAAGAACUUUGCAUAAGAGGUUGUGUAGAUCUAUGUGUGCCGUUUGUUUCGAAUAUGGUACUAUUGCACAUAUUCAAAUAUGUAGCUUACUACCGCAAAAAUUGUUAUUAAGAUUACCUAGAUGGAAAACAACGUUAACAACUUCAAACCCGCAAUCUUUCCUUUUUAACGAUACUAUGCAACAAGCUAAGUUGACGCGACGGUACUAUGCGAUUGCGAAAUCGAUACUGUUUCUUGACUUUGUAGGCUUGAGCAUUUUUAAUGGAUUCAAUAUUUGUUUUAGUGCAACUUACUGAUAGUUGUUAUAGUCGCGAAACACCAUAAAUAUAAUUCAGAUUGUUGCGACGUAAAAUUCAUCUAAAUAUUGUUCGGUUACGUAAUCUAAAUUUUAAACCUAUCGAAAUGGAAAGCAAAUCGUUUUAGAAAUAAAUGAAUGUACUAAUAUUUAAAACAUAACGGCUAAUUAAUAGGUUGAAAUGAACACACCUAGCUCUUAAAUGCGACAGUCCAUUUUUUGGCCAAUGAAAUAUAUUCGGAACGGAGGAUAUUUCAUAAAUUGUAAAUAGUUAAAUGCAAUGGGUGUCACUUCACACUGUAUAUAUAUAUAAAAGCUCUUAAUUAUAAUCAUGAUUAUUUUUCACAAUAUUCAAUUUGAAUCAAUGUUAUUGUACUUAAGUUGGAAAUUUUGGCAUUAUUUUUACAGUUAUUCUACGUUUGUUUUAUACCGACAUGAAUGAAAUUCAGUUGUACGGUACACUACAAAAGCAGUAUGUAUUUAGCGUGUAGCAGCAACACUAUAAACAUUUAAUAAAGAAUAAAAUUGAAGAAACUC